GCGGCGUUUGUGUAUGCUUCUGCAGACAGUAAAAUGGACAAGGAUGAGGAGCCGGUCCAGACAAACGGCAGUAAGACGCUGCUUAUCCGCCACUUCCCCACUGAGCUCAGCCAGGAUGAGAAGGAGGACCUGCUGAAGUAUUUUGGAGCCGAGUCUGUCAGGGUCUUCUCAAAAACUGGUCGCCUGAAACAUGCAGCCUUUGCAACCUUCAGAAGUGAGAAGUCAGCUGUUAAGGCUCUUAGUAGGCUCCAUCAGUUAGAGGUUCUCGAUCGUACACUUGUUGCAGAGUUUGCAAAAAAUCAAGAUGAUGUCACUGUAUUAAAGGACCCACCUGUGUCAGCCAGUGGUAGACCAGUAAAGGAAGAGCAGAAGAAACAGGAGACUAAACUCCCAAAUAUUCCCCUCAUAGACACCGGCAUUGCACCCAGUCUUGGGUUGAAAUUUCAACCAAAUCCCACUUUGAAGUAUUUAUACCCACCACCUACGAGUGGCAUCCUGACAAAUAUAACACAUGCCCUCAUGAGUGUGCCAAAGUUUUAUGUUCAAGUUCUGCAUCUGAUGAACAAGAUGAAUAUACCGUGUCCAUUUGGUCCGGUCACUGCCAGACCACCGAUGUUUGAGCUCCUUCCUCUCGUGCCACCCAUCCCGAUGCCUCCCCCCUUACCUCCCAACUACCCCCCUUUACCCGAAGAGGAGAUGGAGCUGUCCAGCGAGGAAGAAUCGGAAUAUGAGAGCGGAGAUGAUGAAGACAAGGAAAGGAUUGUUCGUCUGAUGGGCCUGGUCAACCAAGCAUGCAAGAGACCCCUGAGACCAAAAACAGCUUCAAAAAGAAAGAAGCCCAAGAUCAAGGAUCUACUCUAUGCUCCCAAACCAGACUCUCAGAGCGCUCCAGUGAUGCAGCCCUCCGAUGUGUUCGAGCAGCCCAACCCUGCCGGACCGAGGAAAAUCGAAUUCCACAUUUCGGUUCCAGAAGCGGCGGAAGGAAGUGGGCCAGGUGAAGGGGCACAGCGUGAGGAAGUCAGAGAAGUGGAUGAGAGGGAGGACGUCGUCAGCAGUGGUAAGGAGGAGAAGGAGAAGGAGGAGGAGGAGACGGAAGGUGAAGGUUUCGGGAAGCUCUACCCCAGCGCUCAAACAUCCCAACUGCAAGAGGAGCACAGCGACGGAGAGGAAGACCUCCCCUCAGACGUCAUCUCCAGGAAGGAGCUGGCGAAGGGGCGGCUAUCAAGAGAUGAGAUAAAAAGGAUGUCCGUGUUUAAAAAUUAUGAACCGGGCGAGCCGACCUGCAGACUGUACGUGAAGAAUAUUGCUAAGCAAGUGGAAGAGAAAGAACUGAAGUACAUCUAUGGAAGAUACAUCAAUCCUUUAUCAGAAGGCGAGAGAAACAUGUUUGACAUUGUGUUAAUGAAGGAGGGGCGGAUGAAAGGGCAGGCCUUCGUAGGGCUCCCCAGCGAGCAGAGUGCAGAGAAAGCCCUGCGGGAAACCAACGGCUACGUUCUCUAUGACAAACCCCUCGUCGUCCAAUUCGCCAGAUCUGCCAGACCAAAACAAGAUAACACAGACACCAAGAGAGGACCAAAACAACGAUGAACUCAACAGAUGCCAAGGCUUCAUAUUGUGGCCCAGCAGAACCAUUUGUAUCCUUAUUUUGGCAUAUCCUUUUUGGAAAAUAACAUAAGAAAAUGAGGGCAGUUUAUUUGUAGCUGUUAUGGCACAAUUGGAACUUAAAAUGAACUGACCUGUAUUGUAGUCUAAAUUUAAAAGAACCAAGAAGCAUUCUUUGUAUCUUCUGUUCUCUGAAAUAUUUAGUUUAGCCCUCUAUACAAAAGUCUCCUGCACGUCUCUUUACAAUGUUUUCUACCUUGUUUGACUGAAUUUCAGGUGACGGUCGUCAGAUGUCAUCAUCGUCUUUUAUUAUUAAAUAAAAAAUAUUUUAUUAAAAUAA